GAGCUUCAUACUGCAAAGCUCAAUCAAGUGUUGCCAUGGACCCAUGUCAUCGUAGAUCUGACUUACACAGUCCUAUUUUAAAAUUCUCUCAUCUCAUAUGGGAUAUUCUUUUCAGCGUUUUGUAUAGCCAUGGUCUAAUUCACCUAACAAGCUCGGCACCUAAAAAGUCUACAAUAUAUAUAUAUAUAUAUAUACAUUCUAGUCUCACUCUUUACUACCAGAGUCUAAUUCACCUAAAAAGCUCGAUCGAGCUCUGGGCAGUCCGCUGAAUUCCCACAUGCCGUAGUUGGUUUAAUUGUCUUCUUUUCUAAGAUCAAUCGAGUUGUUAUUAUUUUUUUCUAAUAGGUAGGAAUUAAUGGGGGGGAACUCGCCAUGCGCGUCCUGCAAGUUGCUCCGCCGCCGGUGCGCCCAAGACUGCAUCUUCGCCCCUUACUUCCCCUCCCACGAUCCCUACAAGUUCGCCAUCGUCCACAAGGUCUUCGGCGCCAGCAAUGUCAGCAAAAUGCUCCAGGAGCUGCCGGAGCAGCAGAGAGUGGACGCAGUGAGCAGUCUGGUGUACGAAGCAAAUGCGAGAAUGAGAGACCCAGUGUACGGGUGCGUGGGAGCCAUAAGCUACCUGCAAAACCAAGUUUCCCAGCUGCAGAUGCAGCUGGCGGUGGCUCAGGCCGAGAUCCUCUGCUUUCAGCUCCAGCAGGAGGCAGCUGCCGCCGCGCUGCCGCCACAAACACCAUCACCACCCCACCAACUAGUACCCGUUCAGGCGGCGACAGGAUCUACGGUGGCAGCAGCUAAUGAGAAUAAAUUAUUUCUCGUUCAAAACAACAAUAAUAACCUGCUUCCCCUUCCACAUCACAACUACUGCUUCAACGUUGCCUCUAAUUCUAGCAAUGGUGUAAUUCAUGAGUCUCUCAAGAGAGAUACUCUCUUUGGCCAUCCUGACAUGGUUUCCUAAUCAUGUUUAAGACAAAAAAAAAAAAUGCUCUUUCGUUUCGUAAUUAAAAGCGUUUUGCCCCUUUUUCAUUA